UGGCGGCUGUCAAGGAAGACGCGGGAGUGUUGUUGUGGGAAGACGCGACUUUUACCACGUUUUAAAAGGGAAUUUUAGGGAACUGAGGUUAGAGGACGUGUUCCCCCCAAAUUGGGAGCAGCUGAGGAAGGAGAAAACCUUGAAAUGGACCUGUAGCUGCUUGUUGUAGUUGUAGCAUUUGGAGGAGACGACAUUCCCAAGGAGGGCAGUUGAGCAUGGCUUCCUCCCCAGGAUGUGGCAAGGAGGACUCCUGUUGCUCCCACCGGAUGGCGGUGCCCAGCGUCCACCAGACUCUGGACGAGAUGGAUUUCGAGAGAGGGAUUUGGUGUGCUGCUCUGAACGGAGACCUCGAGAAGGUCAAACGGCACGUUCUGAAUCAUGGAAACCCCAGUGAGCCGGAUGCCUUUGGAUACACUGCUUUGCACUACGCCAGCCGUCACGGGCAUUAUGACGUCUGCCGUUUCCUCCUGGAGAGGGGAGCCCUUUGCGACGCCCAGACCCAUGGCGGGGCAACGGCACUCCACCGUGCGGCUUACUGUGGCCACAUGGAUGUUGCCAAGCUUCUGCUGUCCCACGGGGCCGACCCGGGUGCUACAGAUGACGAGGGGAAGACCUGCCUGCACAAGGCUGCUGAGAACGGACACCACGAGGUCUGCCGCCUUCUGUUGGAGCACAGCACAGGACUGAGGCAGGUGCGGGACAAGAGCCUCCGGCGCCCCUGCGACCUGGUUCCAGACCAGAAGGAAGACCUGAGGAGGCAGCUUUCCGACCAAUGACCCGUGUGUUGGUGGCGCAUAAAACCAGCCUCUUCUCUGAGACCUCUGUUUCUCAAUUCUGCCGUCCUCCAGAUGUUUAGCAUUUCCUCUCCCAGGAUCCCCUGCCACUAGUUUUGCUGGCUGGGGCUUUGGGAAGUUUUACUUCAGAAACAACUGGAGGACCGAAGCUAGAGAACUAUUGUCGUAGGGAACUGACUUCAUACCAUCCCUGUGUUUGUUGUCAUCCGCUAUUACAACAAAGCAACUGCAAACCCAA